AUGGUUAACUCCCCGGUCGGCGUGGCCAAUGGUCAUGCCGUGGCCCCGGAGCGUCCCUCGCAGCCCCCCGCGGACAUCUACAAUGCCAGCUCCGUCGCCGAAAUCAAGGCCACCUUGUCGCACCUGCACGACCAGGAAGCGUCCGUCACCGCCCGUCUGGACGCCCUCGUGGCCUCCCAGAAGGAUUUCUCGCGAGAACUCGGUCGUCUCGACUUACUCCGUGCCCAUCUCGGUUCUCAGACCAGCACCACCCGCACCAUCAGCCAUGGCAUGCUGUCCGCCGCCGCAACCACCGCCGACCGCAUCUCCAGCGCCGUCCGUCGCCUCGAUUUGGAACAAUCCCGUGUGAAGGCAACAUUGGAAGUGGUCGAGCAGGUGUCCGAACUCAAGGCCUGUGUGCUGGGCGUCGCAGGCUCCAUGGGAGCACCGCAGGACUGGGAGACGGCGGCCAGCUACCUGAACCGCGCUUCCAAGAUCGCUCCGGAGGUCGCGCAGGGUGCCUUUGCAGCUGAAAUGGUCCCUACAGCCGAGGUUCCGGACCCACCGAACAUCACUCUCGGUAACGCCGCCGAGUCGCUCUGUGGCUUGUUCCUGCGCGAGUUCGACAAGGCUGUCAAGGAGAACAACGGGGCUCGGAUCACACGCUUCUUCAAGCUAUUCCCCCUCAUCGGCCGCUCUGAGGUGGGCUUGGAUGUCUAUGGUCGCUAUGUCUGCCAGGGCGUGGCUGCACGAGCGCGAUCGAAUCUCAAUGCCGGCACCGGGGCUUCUCCGAACAAGGACGGCUUCUUCUACGCCAAUGCCCUGACCAAGCUGUUCGAGCAUAUUGCGCAGAUCAUCGAUGGGCACGGCGGCCUGGUGGAGCGCCACUAUGGGCCGCGCAAGAUGAACCGGGUCAUCGAGCGUCUACAGCUCGAGGCAGAUGUCCAGGGCGGUAUCAUCCUGGACACCUGGAGCGACGAGAGGCAUGUGGACCGCAAGCUGACCGACACUAAGUCCUAUGCAUUUACUUUCCUCGUGCAGAGCUUCCUUCCUCCCCAACGCGGCGGAACUCCACGGUCCAACUCGCCUGCCGUGCGGGAUGCAUCCGCUGCGGCCGACGAGGAGGGCGUGGAUAUGAAGGAGAUCGACGGGCUUCUCAACGAGAUGGCAGUCAUGCUUGGUCGCUGGUCACUAUAUUGCCGGUUUCUGGCAGACACCUGCAAUCCGCCCGGAGACGAGAACCAGAAGUUCUCCCUUCCGCCGUUCCUUCGGGACUCGACCCUGUCGAAGAAGAUCAACGACCGCCUGGCCGGCCCCUUCAACACCAUGACCACCUUCUUCUUCCGCCGGUCGGUCGAGAAGGCAUUCCAGCUGGAUGAACAGCCCUCGGGCCUGACCCUGAACCCGCAGCGACCCCUCAAAUCCGAGCCGCCGCACAUCACCUCCGCCGUCGACGACAUCAUGUACAUUGUCAACAAAGUCCUACAGCAGUCCCUCGCUACGUCGCAAAUCUCCGUCGUCACCAGUGUCGUGCCCACGCUCUCGCGUGUCCUCGGCUCCGAUUUCAUCGGCAUGACUCAGCGCAAAAUGCGCGACGAAUGCUAUCCCCGCGCCGCCGUCCAAGGCACCCAGCCCCAGGAGCAGCUUGUCCUCUCCUUCCUCGUCCUCAUCAACAACCUCGACGUCGCAGUCGACUACGUUCGCCGCAUCCUGCAGAAUCACACGGAGACCAAAAAAUCGGUUGGCCCCGACGGUCAAGUCCAGGACACCGACCCUCUCCGCUCCCUGUUCCCCGUCCCCGAGGACGCCCGCCUCGCAACCCAAACCCUCCAGUCGCUCUCUGCCUCUUUCGAGUCCAAGGUCACCGACCUCCUUACGGACGGCAUUCAAGUCGUCUUCAACAACGUCAUCAAACACCGUCUCCGCCCUAUCCUCUCCGAUGCCUUCCGAGACAUCGAGUACCAGCCGCGUGAGGACACCGACCCCACCCGCACUGUCUACCACGACUACGACUCGGAUGAGCCGGACUUCGUCGCCGAUGGCAGCGUUCCCGACGACGACGACCCCACCAGCCGAGCCGAGCUGGUCCGGCCGCGCUUCGCCGCCGCCUGGACCGAGCUGCUCCUUCCACUGUGUCGCAUCCUCACCGCGUCCGCAUUCGACCGCCUUCUUACUGUCACCGUGGCGUACCUGGCCCGUCUCCUCGAGAAGCGUCUCUGGUCAUAUCACGGCCGGGUCAAUGCGCUGGGCGCCACUCGUCUCGAACGGGAUGUGUCCGGUGUGGUAAGCGCCGCCGUGGAUGUGGGCGGCACACAAGCCGCGCCAGGCCGAUACCGCCACCGCGAGGUCUUCACUCGGUGUCUGCAAAUGGUGCUCGUAAUGGGCAUGGACGAAGACGAAUGGGAAGAUGUCCUGCGCGGCGGCGAGACCGCCGAGGUAGUCGAUAAACUGAGCCGCGAAGAGCGAAUGAGAGUACGGGGAAUGGUGCGGCGUAUUUAACCUGAUUGUUUCUUCCUUAUCACUUUCCAUUCUCAGCCUUAAGCGAACCCAUCCUUCAAACAUCUUUCUAGUACUCUUGAUAACCCAUCUCGAGGCCACAUCUACUGUCUGUAUAUAUACACAAGCUGGCUAUCUUCGUAUCGAUAAUUAUUUCAUGGCCUUUCGUGAUUCCCUAAUGAUUCAUACGUCUCCAUACCUGUGGCACCGUAUAGGACGAUAAAUCACGAGAGAUUUAUAUAUAUGCCCUACAUAGAGAACU